CUUGCAGCUCACCGAAAAAUCAAGAAACCGCAGCGGGAAAAAUCGUUAAAAAAUUAACCUGCAAUUAAACAAAGCAAAUAAAUAUCAUAAAGCCACAAAAAAAAAAAAAAUCAAUAACACACAAAUCUCGUUUUUGGAAGUUCGAAAGAUCGGCUCUUCCGGCUUUGUUUCGAUCGAUAUAAAAAGGUAUCCAGCCUCAAAAUGAUAUUCGGUCGCUGGACACGUAAACAAAUACUCACGAUGUUCGGUUUGGGAGCUGGCCUUCUGGGCGUUGUCAUUGUAAUCGGUAUCCUUAACAGCAGUGUGUCCUCAGAAAAACUUGACUGGAAGAAUCCAGCCAGAGCCAAGUGCUACAAGACCAGUCCCAAUACCACACACUCCACGCUGGAAUUGGUGCACAUAGUGUUCAGACAUGGCAUUCGCACUCCCGUUGACACCUAUCCCAAGGAUCCCUAUUUAAACGAUGGCUUCAAGCCAACGGGCUGGGGACAUGUGACCAAUUCUGGAAAACGGGAGCUCUUCGAAAUGGGUCACUGGCUGAAGCGUCGCUACGGCGAUUUCAUGGGUUCCUAUUACAGGCCAGAACGCCUCCAUGCUCAAGCCACUGCCUCGCCGAGGGCCAUGAUGUCCUUGCAAACAACACUGGCCAGCAUGUUUGAGCCGCGGGGAACCCCCAUGGAGUGGAAUAAGCACCUCAACUGGCAACCCAUUCCAAUCGUAUCGGAACCCUUGGAUGAGGAUUCGCUCCUGCUGGUUCGCACGCCCUGUCCUCGUUAUUUCGAGGCCCUCGAGGAGGUUUUCAAGCUACCGGAAGUUAUUGCCGAAACUGAACCCUACCAGCAAAUGUUCCGCGAGUUGACAAAUCUCACUGGAAAAUCGAUUCAGAGUGCCGAGGAUAUAAAUUCCCUCUAUAUAACUUUAUUGGCUGAACAGGAAUUUGGCUAUAAAUUGCCCGACUGGGCCAAAGAUUACUUUCCCGAGCGUAUGCAAUUCCUGGCCGAGCAGAGUUAUGUCUAUAAUGCGUAUACGCCCGAGAUGCAGAAGAUCAAGGGUGGACCUUUCCUCAAGAGAAUGUACAAAGAGAUGGUUGCCAAGAGAGAUGGUAGUCUUAAGCCCAAGGAUCGGGGUAUGUUUAUAUAUACUGGUCAUGACUGGACCGUGGGUAAUAUUCUAAUGGCCUUGGGUGUGUGGAAGCGCCAGAUGCCUAGGUUCGCUGUGAUGGCCAUUUUUGAGACGCAUCGGAAUAAGGAAACCGGUGAACAUUAUGUGGAGAUUUUCCUCCGUAACGAUGAGUAUGGCUGUUUGGAGCAGCUUCAGCUGAAAGACUGCGAUCUUCAGUGUCCACUGAGUCGUCUCAUUGAACUGAGUGCCGAAGUUCUGCCCAACGAUCCAGCAGAGCAGAGAUGUCGACCACAUGACGAUAAUUUCGUGGAGCCGCCACCGCGAAAAAUCGAUCAGAAUAGCUAGCACGCAGUGCCAAAGUGAAAUUUGUGCACUCAGUAUUACAAUAGCAGCCGACGAAGAGUAGUGAAAAAAAAGAAUAUUAUAAAUUAUACUGUACAAUAAAAACCCCCAAAAAAUAAAGGUAAUUGAGUUAAUUUUUUA